AAGCAGGAUUAACUCCCCAAGAGGCUGACUUUGCUGCAUAUUUGUAUAAUAAUGGUCAUAGGGAACCAAAAGACUUAGACAAAAAUAGUUUAGAAAAACUGAGAAAAGAUUAUGUUGGUUAUUUAAAAGCAAAAAGUUAUAAUCUCCAAUCAGAAUUAGAUUUAGAGGAAUUGAGAGAAGAAUACUAUGACAAAAAAGGAGAAUUAGAUUUAGGGGAUUUUACUUAUAGUGAUGAGAAUUAUCCCCCAGAGGGAACUUGUCACCUUGAUUUGUCUGAUUUUAUUGAUUUAAAGGAACUUAAAUGUUAUCAGAAUAAACUAACUUCUCUCAAAUUAAUUAAUUGUCAGAAGUUAGAGAAAAUUGAUUGUUUUGGCAAUCAAUUAACUAGCCUAGAUGUUAGUAAUUGUUCUAAUUUAAUUGAAAUUUUGUGUUUUUAUAAUAAACUAGCCAACAUCACUUUACCUCCCAAUCUUACUAACUUAAAAAAAAUAGACUUAAAAUAUAACAACCUCCCUAACCAAAAAUUAAUUAACCAGUGUGAUCUUUAUGAUAAAGAUAUGAUAGUAGUUCUCAAAUCCCUUACCAACUCCCAAUCCAUCACCCUAGAAUUCCUAACUGAGGUUACUAAUACUAAAUUGUUUGAUAGUGAUAAUAAUAAUAUUGUAAAAUGCCAUGGCAUUUCCCAAGACCCCCAAGGAAAUUAUGUGAUGGGGUUAAGAGAUAUUCACGACCAAAACCUAGUUCAUCGUGAUUUCCAUAGUGGGAAUAUUUUGAAUGAUAGUUAUGUUAGUGAUAAUAAAUUUUAUUCUCCUCCUAGUUAUAUCACCGACUUCGGUCUCAGCCGACCAGCCAACUUCAAAAAACAAGAAGGUCAAAUCUUCGGUGUCCUUCCUUAUGUUGCCCCAGAAGUUUUACAAGGAGGAAAAUACACCCAAGCAGCAGAUGUUUACUCUUGGGGCAUCAUCGCUUAUGAAUUAUUUGCUAAUGAAUAUCCUUACCCAGAGGUGGAUGAUUUAGAAUUAGCCCUAAAAGUUUAUGCUGACCCAGCCAAGAGACCUAAGCGAUCACCUCCAUUUUAUCAACAAUAUCAAGCCCUAGAAGAAGAAUACAACACUUUCUCCCAAAACACUCCUUACCAAAUUCAUCCUAAUGCCAUCACUACCAGCAAAAUGAUAGAUACUAGGGAAAUUACUCAGAGAUUACAAAGUCUAAAAAUUAGUGAAAUUGGUUCUAAGGAAAUAAAAUACAAUUUAGAAGACAACAUUGAAAUCGAUAAUGCGGACAAAAAAAAAGUUACAAUUACUUUGGGUACGUCCACAGGAUUAGGCGGUAAUGCCAAAUUUCAAACCGAAGGCACCGGUGCUCCGUUAACCGGCAAGACUGAUGACGGCACUACUGAUGGCACGGCUGCAACUGGCGGUCGAACCAAUGAUACUCAAAUGGCAGCAAGCGGAAUAGCCACCAUUGAGGUUAAUUGUUCCACUGAAUUAGAGGCAAGAAAGGUGAUAGGUUUAUUGGAUUUAAAAGAAUUAGGACAACAUUAUACGAAAGACGGGGGAGACCUGGCUAGUCGCAACCUUGAUUCUGACCUGGCUGCUUUGGAAAAAUAUAGUAAAGCGGCCGCAGAUACUAACGAACAAGUGGUUUAUGGAGUGGAUGAUGUAUUACGGGCUAACGCUAACCAAUUUAUUAUUGCCCUUCGUCAUAAUGCCACGGCCGCUGGUGGAGCCGGUAAUGCUAAUUUGAUUUGGGAAGAUGGCACUAAUGAUGAAACGAACGGAGAAAUAAGCAAAAUAUUUGACGAGACAGAUGGGAUAAAGAAAAAUCCCGCUGGGGUUCCAACUUACAAAGGAUUUCCUAUUUUUGAAGAUAAACAAAAACCAGGAAAAAACAAUACUAAUAAUAACCAAAACAAAAAUCGGCGAGAGUUCGGAGAGGAUGCGGAUGGCAGUAAUGGUAAAAAUGCAGCGGCUAGUAGCAUUUUUACUAAAACUAAUAUCGACGAUUUUCGCUUGACUGCUGAGUUUGACGGCGAAAGCGACCCGCAAAAUUGUCGGGGUUUUCAGCCGGGAGAUUUAACUACGGCUAAUAAUUUUAGGUUAAGGGUGGUUUCAGGUUUUACUACGACAAAUAUAGACAUCGACAUCUCAGCCACCGGAAAAAAAGAUGACAAAAAACCAAUAGACGCGGUGGGAUUAUUAGAAAAAUAUUAUAUUGCUUUGAAAGUUAAUAAUACUAUUGAUUAUGCGAAUAAUGAAGAUAACCAAAAAAUAGUUGACGCUUCUUAUAAUAUAAUGCUCCAAAUAGCCCAAUUGGUAGAUGAAAAUCCCACUGACCAAGCCAGUUAUGAGAAAUGGGUAGAAAAGUUUGAAAAUUUGUUUGCCGAAAACACUAUUGAAGUUAUAGCUAGGGGUGGUAGCGGACCUUCUGACCCCGAGGAGACGGCCAAGUUGAUGGCUUCGGUCUUUUGGCCGAGUAGAUUUCUGGACCUUAAAAGACAAAAAAAACCAACCCAAACACCGCCACCAACCGGCAAAAAACCUGAUGAUGCCAAAAUUGAUGCGGCACGGGAUGAAAUAGUGGGAGCAGCAACCGGAGGAAAUGAUAUGAAAGCAUUGUUGAAAAAAAUAUUUGACGAUAACCGAGCGGAAUUAAAAAAGAACGAUGAGGCAGUUUUAACCAAUUUGAAAGAAUUAGCCAAAAUAAUUGAUCGGGCUUAUAAAAAUGGGGCCGAAGUCAGACCGAGUGAAUUAAGGGCUUAUUCGGGAGGUGAUGUCAAUCAAAAAAAGGCUUGGGAAUUGGCGAACAAGGUAGUAGAUAAAGAUAAUAAAAAAUUAGCCGAUGAGGCGUUAAUUAAAGCCAAAAAACCGGAAAAAACUCUGGACGAAAUUAAGCAAGAAGCCAAAGCGGCCAUAAUUGAGAACAAUAAUGUGCUGAAUAGCGAGACGCUGGUUAAUAAGGUAGUAGAGAUAUUUGGUAAAUGUAAAAGUGCUUGGGCAAAAAACAAAGGCACGGAUGCUAAUCUGGUAAGUGAAUUGGAAGGAUAUAAAAGGGAAAUUAAUAAAUAUAAAUUUGAUGAUAAAGGGAAUGCCUGUGCGGAGGGAUAUGCGACUGGAGCCUUGGCUAAAUUAAAAAAAGCCACUACUGAUUUAACCACUCUUAUCACGGAAUCCAAAAUCGACCAAGUUACUGACCAAGCCAGUUUAGAUAAGGCUUUGGGGAUAAUUAAGGGUUCUGCUAAUUACAAUAAUAUUAAAACUGAUGUAGAACAAUUGGUAGAACCACGGGCAAAAUUAUUGGUGGAACUCAAUAAGGAUAGUAAUGCCGAUAAAAAAGCCUUGGCUAAAUUAAUAGCGGAAUUUAUUAAAAAAUUUGAGAAAAAUUAUGUAGAUAGUAAUUAUGCUACUGAUUUGUCAACUCUGGAAAAUAAGUUAACGGAAUUAAAAAAAUAUAGUGAAACGGGCGACAAAAAUACAGUUUACAAAAAUUUAAGUGCGGAGGGCAAAGCCACUCUCAAUAAAUUAAUAAGCGGUCUGGACGCCAAAGUAAAAGCCAUGCAAGCGGCCAAAAAAGCCAGCGAGCAAAGUCAAAGUCCUGAUGGAUUUGUUGACAUUGAAACGCCCAUUCUAGCCCAAAGUUCCCCUGAAGGUGCUCGCUGUUUUGUGGUGCCCUCUAAUCUCCCCAAUCGUUACUAUACUUUGCCCCAAUCCCCCCAGAUUUUUAAGCAGUUGUUAAUGAUGAGCGGUUUUGACAAGCAUUAUCAAAUUGACAAAAGUUUUCGCAAUGAGGAUGCUCGCAGUAAUCGUCAAAUUGAAUUUUCUCAAUUAGAUUUAGAGUUAAGUUUUGCCUCCGAACGAGAAAUCAAAAAGUUAGUGGAAAAAUUGCUCCAAAUCGUUUUGAAAAAAGUUUUUGGUUAUCAAAUAACCACCCCCUUUCCGACUUUAACCUAUCAGCAAGUAAUAAAAAAAUACGGCACCGAUAAACCCGAUUUACGCCAAAAUCCCCAAAAGGACCAAGCAUUAAAUUUUUUACACCCUUUUACCAUUCCAAAAAAAAAAUAUAUCGAACCCCUAUUAAAUGAUAAAAUUAAGCCUGAAAAAGUAAUUGGAGAAGCAUUUGAUUUAAUUUGUAAUGGCGAGGAAUUAUUAAGCGGUAGUAUCCGUAUUUAUCAACGAGAUUUACAAGAAAAAGUAUUACAAAUAUUAGGUUAUAAGCAGGAAGAAAGAGAAAAAAAUUUCGGUUAUUUUUUGCGAGCAUUAGAAUUUGCGGCUCCCCCCCAUGGUGGGAUUGGUUUAGGAAUUGACCGUUUGUUGGCGGUAAUAUUAAACACUAAUAAUUUAAAAGAAUUAAUUGCUUUUCCUAAAAAUAUUGACGGCACUUGUUCGUUAACCGGAACCCCAGAUUUUAGAGAAAAACUUUAUAUUUUUCUGAUUUUAGUGGCUUUUGACGAAUUAGAAAAAAAAGUAAUCCAACCUAACUUGCGAGAAAAAAAAAUAGUUGUGAUUGACAGAUAUAUUGACAGCACUCUGGUUUAUCAAGGUUUAGCCGGUGGUUUGGAAAUUGGCACCAUCCAAGAAGUUGCUAAAAAGACGAUUGACUUGCCUUGGCCCGAUAUUACUUUUGUUCUUGAUAUUGACCCCUUAAAUUUGGAAUUUCACCACCGAAUAAGAAAUCACUAUCGGGAAUUGAAAAAACUUUUCCCCGAAAGGAUUCACAUAAUUAAUGCGGACCAAAGCGAAACCGAAAUAUUGACUGAAGUUCAGGGCAUAAUUAAACAAACUCGCGCGCCCAAAAAUGAAGCCCAUUUGCCCCAAUCUGUACGAGUAAUUAUCCAAAAUGAAAAAGGGGAAUUUUUGCUACCUGGCGAAACGCCCGAAGCGGCUGCCUGCCGCGAGGUAUUUGAGGAGACUAAUUUAACGAUAGAAAAUUGUCAAAAAAUUGCUGAAGAAAAUACUGAGAAAAUAUUAGGCAUUAGAUUUGUUGAUAGUAAUUCUACUAGUCCCGAGGCUAAAGGCCACCAGCCCUACCAGUUUUAUCUCGAAAAAAUCCGCAAGUUCGAAAAAUAUGCCGGCAACCAGGGUAAUCCAGAAAAAACAAAAAAAGGCAAGAAUACUCUCCUAAUUAUUGCCGGAGGCAGCGGCACCGGCAAAACGACAGUAGAAAAUUUACUAGCCCAGGACCCUAAUAUUGUUAAAUUAAUUUCAACUACUACUCGCCCACCACGCGAGGGAGAAAAAGACGGUCAAGAUUAUUAUUUUAUCAGCAAAGAGACCUUUCAAACCGAAUUAGAGAAAGGUCGUUUUUUAGAGCAUGUAAUUUACGAUGGCAACUAUUACGGAAUUCACGGCAAAGUAGUUGAUUUAAUAUUAGGAACCCAAAAUAAGCAUGGGGUUAUUAUUGUGGAUGUGGCCGGUUUUUGGCAAAUCAAAAAAUAUUGCACCAGCGAGCCGGAAAUUCUUCGGCGCCUGAUUAUUGCUGAAAGAGAAGAAAAAUUUGCCGCAGAGUUCGAUCAUAUUUUAACAAUCAAAGAAAACGAUUUAGCCACUGCCGCCCAAAAAAUUAAGGAACAUUUGAAGACAGUUAUUUUUUACUUGCUAACCACUUUAAGUUGUUUUAGCAGUUUUCUUAUCGCAAAUAAUAGUUUUAAAGCUGUUUAUGAAACUCUGAAAAAAGGUGGGAAGGCUACCUACCAGUUAAAAAAAACGGUCCGAAAAUUAUUCCGCUUACAAAAUCCUCGUCGCAAAGAAAAAUCUCUGGCUGUGCUAACUCAAAAUAUUCGGAUUUUUACUACUUAUGUGGUAGGAAAUACUAUGCUUGGAUUAGGAAUUGGUUUUUUUCUUCUCUGCACUGCCAUAAUUAUCAUUUUUCAAUAUUUACAUUACAAAAAAGAUCUAGAAUUCCAAAAGGUGCUGGAAAAAGAGACAGAAAAAGAAAAAUUUUUAGUCAACCAUCGUGAUCUGAUUAUCAAAAAAAGCCUAGUUGCUGAACAUGAGAAAAAUUACCUUCGUUCGCUAGAAAAAUCCCACACCGCUGAAAAUAAGCGAGAUUGGAUUUUUACUAACUCUUUCGUAAUUCCAGCCUAUUCUCUACCAAAAUUCGCCCCUUUUCUCUUUUUGCGUUUUAUCCACAACGAACCAACUUUUAGAACUGCUAACAGCCUAGUCAGUUUAGCCGAAGAUACCAAAAAAAUGGCUGAAAGAUUGCGGUUUUAUCCUUUCGGGCUUUCCGCUCAAAAGCAGAUUAAUGACUUUCUGGCUGAACCAGAACGAGACGAUACUCAAAAAAAUGUUCUCGUUUCCGAACCAGUGGAAAGUAUAACUUUCCAAAAAUUGAAAGACCUUGACCUUCUUUUAACAACUAGCGAAAAUAAGGAAAUAUUUAUUUUUGACGAAGCCGAUAAUGCUCUGGAUGAAAAAAACAAGAAGGAAUUUCGCCAAAAAAUAGAGAAAAUUAGCAAAAAAAAAUUAGCCGAAAAAAUAUUGGAGGACAUUGAAGCCCAGUUGCGAAAACUUAUCUCUGAGAAAAAAGAGUUGAAAAAGAAGUUUUUGGAUAAGUUGAAAGACUUAUCUAGACAAGAAAAAGAAAAUAAAGUGGAAAUCUUACAAUUAGAAAGAAAAAUGACUUCCGGAGUCUUGCCAACUGAACGAGAAGAAAUAAUGAAAGAAAUCCAAAAACUUAACGCUUACAAUAUUACUUUAGAACAAGGAUUCAAAAAGAGAAAAAUUGAUGCGGAUGUAGUGACCGAAAUACGAAAAAGAUUAGGCAUUUGGGAAGAAAAAGAGAAUUAA